AUGGCUGCCGUUCAGCAAGAUCAGAACACAUCCGCCAUCGCGCGGAAACCCCUGGAUAGCCAGAAAUAUGUCGGAGGGGACAUGUCCAUGAUGGCCUUUGUUCAGCCUGCCGCUGCCCCGAACAGAUUCGCGUCCCCGGAUGAGCAUCAUGUUAAAGGCCUCAAUGCCGAGACCUUCGCCAAAGUCCAGCUCCCGAGUCCCCAGUGGCUAUCCACGCCAGAAUACGCCCCGAUCCUAGGAGACUCCGAACCCCUCUCGCCGUCCAUCUUUUUCAGCCUCAACAUCUCCUUGUACAACCAGCAGAUAGACGCGUCCGAAUGGCCCAACCAGUCGUUUUUCAUGGUUGGCCGCGUUCACCCCUACGCCCUGACCUGGGAACUCAAGCAACGAGAUGGCCUUGAGUCCGACGGCGACAACAUCAACCAAUACACUGUCCCGACAUUUGUUGUCCGCGAUCACGGUUUCCAACCAUUCGUGCAGCUCUCGACCUUUCUCUCACCUGGCAAGCCCGAAGAAACGCCAUUCAAAGGCUUCCAUCCUUUCCAAGUGUUUGUCAUCUUUCCCGUUCAUGCUAAUCCCUGGACAUCGCUCUGCAAGAAGAUGGCUCAGAGGCAUGACUCUCAGUUUCAACCUGGCGCGCCCUUCACCUGCACCGGGAAAGUAGCCGGCCUUCUGGCGCAUAAACAUAUGCGGCACCCCCCUGCCUUGGAACAAGACUACAUCUUCAUUGUCGUCCCCGAUACCUGGACCUUCCUCGACAAAGCCAGCUUCAACCAACCACCGACGGCCCAGGUCACGCCCGCGACCCCAAAGCGUUCCAUUUCGGGUGCUUCUGAAUACGACGACGCCAUGGCGCGCUUCACCUCAACCAAGAAGCCCAAUCGCCCGGCUGAAGACUCCACACCUGUCACACCCAAGUCUUUACCCCCUCCCCCCGCUGGCACGUCCACCAAGCGGCCACUCCACAUCCCUCAUGAGACCCCGACAAAGAAGCCGCGCUUCUCGCCAGCGCCUUCCACCAUCAUUGCCGCUUGUAGCGGCGACGAGUCCUUCUCCCAAGACAGCCUCGAUGGCGACGACGACGACGACGACGCCGCUUCAACUGCGGAGCCGCCCGAUGGCAACAGUGCUACUGGCCAUGGGUCGCCCGAUGCUUCAACAUCCGACAUGGCAAGGCCUCACCGCAAUCGCCAACCCCCUAAAAAAUACUAG